AUGCAUGUGGAUUUUCGUAUUUCCUUUAUCGAGAGGAUGUGCAUAUUUGACGCGGAGAGUUUUAUUCGCAUGCAUCAACUGAGGGAUCGUUCCCUGCAGGAGUUGGAGUCAAAGCGGGCGCUUGUCACACUGCCUGGAGGGGGCAGGCGUGCGAGCAGGUCGUUUCAGCCGCAUUUUAAGAUUCUACUGAUCUUUGAGAAUCUUGUCCGCAUUAAGAGCUCCGCUUUUUUUUUUUUUUUUUUUUUUUUUGUUAGGAGCUUGUGA